AACCUAUUAGUAGAAAUCUAAUAAAUACUAAACUAAGAAAAUGCUAUUUGCAAAUAUGUUAUUUUAAUGGCAUAUUAAGAAAUAAUGAAUUUUUUAGAACAUUUGUGCAAAAUGGAAAACAACCGAGAUGAAAGCGAUCAAGUAGUUCAGUUAAAAGAAGGUAUACAUAAAAAGUUUGCGGACUUGCGAGCGGCUCUUCAAAUGAGGGAAAAGUUGUUACUUAGGCAAUUGGAAGUAGUGACAUCAACAAAGCAGCAUUUAACUGAAUGUGGGGCUGAAAACACUAUUCUAAUGAAAUCCAGAACAAAUGAAGAUUAUGACAUAAAGAUAUUAUUUGAAGAUGAGGCUGAACUACUACGUUCGAUUCGAUCCUUCGGGCGGUUUCAACUGGGGUCCAUGGUGUUAGCUCUUAAACAAGAGGAUUAUAUAACUCCCAACUGUGACCAUGAAAUAAUGUACAAAAAAAUUCAAUCUGAUGAAAAUCAAAGCAACUUCUUACCUCAACACAAACAAUUUUCCCAAGUUUCUGAUUCUGUUUCGGUUGAUUUUUCUAAAGAUAAAACUUUGAUUGAACAUAAUGUGAAAUAUAUAAAUGAUUCCAUAGUAAAUAUAACACUUGAGGAAGCUAAAGAACUUAUAAGAAGAACUCAAGUAAUAAAUCAAGCUCCAAUACAUCAACUAAAUUUGGAAGAGUUGGAUGAUGACGUGGAAUCUCCCAUUGUUGAAGCCGUAUCUAAUUUGAGCCGCGAUUCUUAUAAUAAGAGAAGCGAAACUGUUAACAUGUCAAAUAUAUCGGACACAUCUUCUGUGAAAUUAACAAAAGCUGUUCGAAACAAACCAAGAGUUACCAUUAACAAUUGCAACGGGAUUAUUAACCUUCGUAAUAUUUCCAGCGUAACAAUAAAUUGUGGUAAUGAGAAUUGUGACCAUCUUGAUGACAUGAAAGUUUAUAAGAACAUGACAGAUAUAUCAGAACUUUCUACACCCGGUUCAUUGGAUUCGUCCUCUAAUCACUCAAGUAAUUCAAGUUCUAGAUCCCAAUCGAAAAAAACAAAAAAAUACACAAUUAAUGCAGAGGGUCACAUUGAAGCAAAAAAACAGUCUAAUCAACAUUUACAUAAUGUAUCAGUGGUCCCCAUAAAUACUCACUCAACCAUAUCUUUCGAAGAAAAUGAUUGUGGUAAUAAUGGAGCAACCGCAAAAGGUGCUGAAAUAACUUGCGACUUUUACAAUCGCUUGUUCAAUGAAAUCAAACGUAAUAUGGAUCAAAAAAGACCACCGGUUAAUAUGGGGAUGCUUAGAAAACCACUACCUUCACAACCACAAAAGGGAUCAACCGAGCAAAACAAUCCAAAUCCAGUUUUAUUGGAAGAAACUUUACAAACAGAGCCACAAUUAGUUUUAAAAAAUUUUGAAAAUCUUAACAUUUUUCUAAAAAAUGACAAAAGCAAUGAACCAAUCAGUUCAGUUCAUAUAGAGCAUUGGUUAUCAGAGAUUAUUAAAGACACAGAUUUAGAGCCAAUGCAAAACAAUGAAAUAUUAGAGCAUAGCAAAUUGAAAUAAUAAUCAUGGUUUAAAAACGAAUAUCUUGAUUUGUUAGCGUUAAGUUCAGUAUUAUGAAAAUUCCGCAUUAUUCUAAUGCCCGUUUAAUAAUGUCACAUUCAUGUUUGUAUAUCUUAUAUACAAAAAUUCUUCAUAACUUAAAGUCGUGUAUUAAUAAUGAAAUCCUCACAUACAUUUUUGCACAAAUAAAUAAAAUGAACUCAUUUAUUUUAUAACGGA